AUGGAUGGGAGGCAGCAUGGGCUCAGGCAGCGGGGCAAGGUGGGCUGCCAGCUGCGUCCGGGCAUUUGUCCGCAUGUGCUGCUGCUGCCGGGGCCGAUACCACCUCUGGGUGCCUCACCUGCGCCCAGCCUCGGGCACACGGGACAAGCGGAGGAUGGAUGCGGCCAUGCAACGCUUUCCAGCAAGGCAGAGGAGGAAGAUCCAGACUCAGAAAACGAGAAGCUGGUGGUGAGAGAGCCAGAGGAUGAGGAUGCUGCAGAUGAGACGUUCUCUUUUAAAUACAGUCCUGGAAAGCUGAGGGGAAACCAGUACAAGUCAAUGAUGACCAAAGAAGAACUCGAGGAAGAACAAAGGGUUCAGAGAGAGCAGCUGGCUGCCAUCUUCAGGCUCAUGAAGGAAAAAAGUGACACAUUUGGAGAGAUGUCUGAAGGAGACAUGAAGGAGCAGCUUAGGCUGUAUGAUAUAUAACCUUGCAGCCAGUGGAGACUAUGCCCAAAAGUCACCUUGGCCCUUAUUAUGCAGCACACUGGAGACUGUAGUGCUAUAAACAUGUUUUGGUAGUUAUUUUGCAGUUCCAGUUUGGUUUGCAAAUGCAUAUAGGCCUGUGAUAUAUAUUUCAAGAGACCUGUAAUUUCUCACCCUUUCUAUCAUUUUUCCUGAAGAGUUAUCAUGAUAUUUUCAUCUCGUACAGAGAUUUUUACCUCUUUCUGGUUGGGUCAUACAUCUCAGUCAUACAAAGUAGUUAAACU